AUGUCAGACGCUCCAGAUGUUGAUGACCGUGUGGAUUACGAGGAUGGUAGCAACAGUGAGAUGGAGGAGGAAGUUGAGGAGGAACAUGUAGAAGAGUAUGAAGAGGAAGAAGAAGUGGUUGUUGAUGAUGAUGGUGGGGAUAGGGAAGAAGGUCAGGAGGAAUUAGCUGAAGAUGAAGACAACAAUAUUAAUAUUGAUAUUGAGACGACAGAAGAUGAAGAAGAAAGGGAAGAGGAUGUUGGAGAAGAGGAUCUGAGGGAUUUAUGUGAACUCUUCGGCGAGAUCUUUGAGGUGAGACUGAUGAAAGAUAUAGAUUCUGGUGAGAGCAAAGGCUAUGCCUUUGUAGGUUUCAAAACGAAAAAUGUUGCACAAAAGGCAAUUGUGGAGUUGCACAGUAAAGAAACCUUAAGAUGCUCAUUUUCUGAAACUAAGAAUAGACUAUUUAUUGGUAACAUCCCAAAGGACUGGACUGAGGAUGAGUUUAGGAAAAUCAUAGAGGGUGUUGGUCCUGAAGUGGAGAAUAUUGAGCUUAUAAAAGUGAAAUCUCUUUAUGUGAAGAAUAUUCCAGAGAAUACAUCAACAGAGGAACUAAAGGAACUGUUUCAGAGAUAUGGAGAAGUUACUAAAGUCGUCACACCUCCUAGAAAGGGUGGUAAACGUGAUUUUGGGUUUGUCCACUAUGCUGAAAGGUCUAGUGCAUUGAAGGCUGUCAAAGACUCCGAGAUAUAUGAAAUCAACGGUCAACUGCUAGAAGUUGUGCUUGCUAAACCCCAGGCUGAGAGGAAACAUGAGCCUUCUUCUUAUGCUUAUGGUGCUACUCCUACUCCUACUCCCUUUUCUCUUCCCACAUUUGGUGGUUUUGCUGCGCCUCCUUAUGGUGCUAUGGGUAUUGUCGGUAGUUUUACUCAGCCAAUGAUCUAUGGUAGAUGA